ACCACUGCCGACCGACCACCCCUCACUCUCGCGCUGACCGCUCGCCUCGCCGGUCCCUGUUCCGUACCCGUUGUUGUCCGGCAACCACUUCAGUUUCGGUCCGACUUCCAGUCGAUUCGCAUCGUGCUUCGAACUGUGAACCCUCUGUGUGUCCUUCUGAAGCGCAUUGACGAAGUUAGUAGCGAAUAUCAUGUUGAAAAUGGAGAUGUCAUCGAAACUGGAUAAGAACUCCAAUCUAAAGAAGAUAACAAAGCGCAAGAAGGCGUAUGCUUCACGAAUUGAGGAAGUUGCAGCCAUGAGAACAAAGUUUCCAACUAAAGUUCCUACAAUUGUUAAGAGAUUCCAUAAGGAGACAAGUCUUCCACUUCUAGAGAAAGUAAAAUUUCUUGUCCCAGAAGAAACCACUAUGUCCCAGUUUGUAGCAAUUAUCAGGAAGCGAAUGAAUUUGCGUCCCAACCAAGCCAUAUACCUGCUGGUUAACAACAGGUCUAUGAUGAACCUAUCUAUGACCAUAGCUGAAGUUUAUAAUGAACAUAAAGAUGAUGACGGAAUGCUUCAUGUGACCUAUGCAUCGCAAGAAGUAUUUGGUGCUCCUGAUGUGAGUGAUAUGAGGGUUUCAACAAACAACUACAACAGAGGUGACAGGGUCGAUCCUUGAUCUGAUGAGUAUUGUUCCAUGUCUGAUUGGAGCUUGAACUGAAGACUGCUUGAGCUGUUGAAACAAAUUUCUCACCACCUCAUGGGCAGAUGUGAGAGAAGACCUGGCCAUCGUUCUUAAUCUCCAUCUCAAUGGACAGUAUGGCCUCAAGUUUCAGUGUGAAGAACUCUCAACUGUUUGAACAGGCUGCACAUCACAAUGCAGAAGCCUUCUUCUCAGAAAUGCCCUUGAGGCUCAUACAAGAAAUGACUGAAGCCAAAAUGGUUACAUUGGAAAGGAUGCACUUAAAAGUGAUAGAUAAUGAAGGACUUGAUUGGGGAAGCGUUUUGCCGUCAGCCGUUCAGUCCUUAGAACUUGAUAUACAAAUGAUGAUGAUAUUGUGAUGGAUAUCUCAUUGUGUAUUUCAUUGUAAUUUCUCAAAGUCUGACACUAGAGAUAAUUAACUUAGUAUAUUUAAUUAUUCAAUUAUGUGAUCUUAGCUUGUUCUUUGAGCUUACUGCUGCUUUCUCGACAUUCGAGGACAAAUGUAUUGUAGUUAAAUUGUACCUGCACCAAUAUUUUUUUUGAAUCAUGUUAGGUCAUUCUGAUCUCUAUUUAGGAAAGAUUGAAACCCCUGUGUUUUAAUGCUGCAUUUGCAUUUGAUGACCACAUCAUUUUUAUAAUUAUGACGUAUUUGACACUGUUUCUUUUAAAUUUAGUACAAGGCUGGGUUAUUAUUUAAGGUGAUCUGGCCAGUUAAACAGGAAAUGAUGUAACAGAGUUAGAUGAUGAACUAUUUUUAUAUUUGUGCUUAUUUACCUGAUAAGUUCCAUUGAAUUGAUCACCAAAGCAUUUCACACAAUCAAAUAUAUUAGAACUAUCUUGCCUCAAUGAUUUGUCAGUGUUAACAUUCUCCUGUGAUAAAAUAUUUGUUCCUGUAAAUAUAUAGUUAAACCUA